AUGCGACUACUCCCCCUUCUGCUCGCCGCCCUCCUCACCACUUUGCAAAGCCCCCUUGUUGCUCGUCGGCCCCAACCGCACGCAGUCCUGGGGAUUGCCCCAGUGCGGCCCCAAGCAGGCACGGCAGGAGGGUGGGCAUUCAUCGGAGGAGGCAUCAAUCCAGUUAGCAGGUGGAGCAGUCCCCUUAAGGGUGCACAGCAGAGGGGAGGCGCUCCUGCCACCCGGGGAGGAGGACGGAGGAGCCCUUUCAAGCUGAGGGGCUCCCUAAACGAUUACAUCUACAAGCUACUCCUCCGGAGAUUUAAGAAGGUCACACACAAAAGUCAAAUGAACAUCUUCAAGUCUGUGCUGUCCCCCCGAAGUAGCUACAACGUAGAUCUCCUCUUUUCCUGUAACUUCACCAUAAGUGAAAUUAAAAAGAAAAUCGCAGAAUACACUUAUGAGUUAAAGCUAGUGGAUGGAGAGGCAUUCCGAGCUCUUUAUUUGGGCAAGAGGAGGCUAGUGAGGCCCAUCAAGAAGCAGAUGGAGGCCUACUACGUCUUGUUUUCCUUUCAAAUGUACCCCUCCCUCAUUCACGAGAUUAAGCGGAAGCUCCGCCUGCAGGACGCCGUCUUGAGAUUCAUGGUGACGAAAAACGAAAAGACGUCCCGGAACCUCGCGUACGCGGAGAAUGAACCCGUCAGGCAGGGGCUGGCCGCCACCGAGGCGCAGUUUUUUAAGACGGCGGACUGA